AUGGGUCAGCUGGGAGGUUCGGAGUGUGCUAAUGCCUUUACUCGAUCCUCAGGCCUCAGUAUACAUAGAAGUAUUCACACUGGAGAGAAACCGUAUAUAUGUAAGGAAUGUGGGAAGGCCUUUGCGAAAGCCUCAAAUCUUAGUGAACAUAGGAGAAUUCACACAGGAGAGAAACCCUAUAUAUGUAAGAAAUGUGGGAAGGCCUUUGCGAAAGCCUCAAAUCUUAGUGUACAUAUGAGAAUUCACACUGGAGAGAAACCGUAUAUAUGUAAGGAAUGUGGAAAGGCCUUUGCUCAAUCCUCAAGACUUAGUGAACAUUGGAAAAUUCACACUGGAGAGAGACCCUAUGUUUGUCAGGAAUGUGGAAAGGCCUUUAUUUUGGCCUCAAAACUUAGUGUACAUAGGAGAAUUCACACUGGAGAGAAACCGUAUAUAUGUAAGGAAUGUGGGAAGUCCUUUGCUGAAGCCUCAAGCCUUCGUGUACAUAGGAGAAUUCACACUGGAGAGAAACCGUAUAUAUGUAAGGAAUGUGGGAAGUCCUUUACUGAAGCCUCAAACCUUAGUGUACAUAGGAGAAUUCACACUGGAGAGAAACCGUAUAUAUGUAAGGAAUGUGGGAAUGCCUUUGCUACAGCCUCAAGCCUUAAUGUACAUAGGAGAAUUCACACUGGAGAGAGACCCUAUGUUUGUCAGGAAUGUGGAAAGGCCUUUGCUACAGCCUCAAGCCUUAAUGUACAUAGGAGAAUUCACACUGGAGAGAAACCGUAUAUAUGUAAUGAAUGUGGAAAGGCCUUUGUUUUGGCCUCAAGACUUAGUGUACAUAGGAGAAUUCACACUGGAGAGAAACCGUAUAUAUGUAAGGAAUGUGGGAAGGCCUUUUCUCAAUCCUCAAGCCUUCGUGUACAUAGGAGAAUUCACACUGGAGAGAAACCGUAUAUAUGUAAGGAAUGUGGGGAGGCCUUUGCUAAAGCCUCAAGACUUAGUGAACAUAGGAGAAUUCACACUGGAGUGAAACCGUAUAUAUGUAAGGAAUGUGGGAAGGCCUUUGCUAAAUCCUCAAGCCUUACUAUACAUAGGAGAAUUCACACUGGAGAAGCGGUGGCCACCGGGACGCAUGGAAAGAUUCAGGCGGCAGCCUUGAAGGCUUGGAAGGGUCUCCCAUCCAAGAGUUCCAUUGUCACCUCUCUUUCCAAAGUCCAGCAGGGCCCUAACGAGCCCUACAAUGACUUUGUUGGCCACCUGGUGGAGGCUUCUGAGAGCCUCCUGGGGGGAGGCGACACUGAUAAUGACUUUAUUUGCCACCUAGCCUAUGAAAAUGCUAAUUCUGUCUGCCAGGACAUCCUUCGUCCUCAUAAAGGAGGCAAGACCCUCUCUGACUACCUCCGCCUGUGCGCCGAUGACGACAAGUACUGUGAAAUUUACCAUAAUGGCCAUUGA